AUGGCCGAUCAGGACAACUUCAUAAAGCUUCAGGAUCAGGCACUUUCUGAUUCUGGCAACAAUAUGGACCAAGUGGAAAAGACAUCGUCACAAGAUCCUCUUGGUCUUUUGCCUGCACCAGAUGGAGGUCUCCAAGCAUGGCUGGUAGCAGCCGGAUCAGCCUGCAUCUUCUUCUCAUGUCUCGGCUUCGCCAACUCUUUCGGAGUUCUUCAAGAAUACUACAUGACUCAUCAACUUCAAGGACAUUCAGAAGAUGCAAUUGCUUGGAUUGGAUCCAUAUCGACCUUUAUCCAAUUUGCGGUCCUCCGCCCAGCCGCUGUUACGUACAUAUUCGCGACCAUGAUGACGAGUCUAUGCACCGAAUAUUGGCAGUUCAUGCUCGCUCAAGGCAUUCUCAUGGGCACUGCAAUGGCUUUCCUCCAGAUCCCCGCUUUCGCUGCCGUUUCCCAAUACUUUGACAAGAAAAGAGCCGCUGCUUUCGGAAUAACCGUAUCAGGCUCCUCCAUUGGUGGAGUAGUCUUUCCGAUCGCACUGUCGAAGAUGCUGAACGACUCGUCUCUUGGCUUUGGCUGGUCCAUUCGCAUCAUGGGCUUUGUCAUGAUACCUCUCAUGUCCUUUUCAUGCAUGGCGGUCAGACCCCGUCUGCCCAGCAGAAAGACUUCCUUCUUCCUUAUUGAGCCUUUUAAAAAUCCUUUGUACUUGCUUGUCAUAGGAUCGCUGUUCUUUCUCUUCAUCGGCAUGUUUGCUCCGCUCUUCUUCAUCCCGACUUACGCUGUCUCACGAGGCGUCAAUCCUACGUUGGCAUCAUAUCUGCUCGCCAUAACCAACGCUGCAUCAACAUUUGGCCGCAUAAUUCCGGGAAUACUGGCGGAUAAAUAUGGCCGUUUAAACAUGUACUCCCUCGGAGGACUGUGCACGGGGGUUGUCAUUCUCUGCAUGAACGAAGCAAAGUCCACAGCAGCCUUGGUGGUCUAUGCUCUGGUGUUUGGGUUUUGCUCUGGAACUAUCAUCUCGGGCGUGUCAGCAGUCUUCACACUCGUGUCAAAGGACCCGAGGAACAACGGGACUUAUGUGGGAAUGGGACUGGCUGUGAGCUCUCUUGCAGCUUUGAUCGGCCCACCUGUCAACGGUGUUCUUGUGGGCAAGUAUGGGGGUUUCUUUCAGGUUUCUGUUUUCAGUGGUGUUAUGUGCUUGUUUGGUGGAUGCCUUGCUACUGUGGCCAAGUUGUGGACAGAGAAGGGGAUGUUUGGUCGGAUCUGA